GCUGAUGACCUCACCGAGCAGACAGCUGAUCUGCGAAACUGCAGAGGUUUGGUUACACUGAGGAAUUGAAUUACUGUUACCUGUUGAGCACUGAACCUCAAACUAUGUCAAAUCUAAUCUGCCAAGUCAAAGGCCUCAUGUUGGCCCCCGAGUGGCUGAGCCUCGAGAAGCCCCUCUUUCAUCAUUUAACGGAAGAUAAAAUGAUUCUGUGGCAGAGAAGUCUGGAGACACGUUAAAGUGCGGUUACGAUGUAGCCGCCUCCCCGCAACAUGACUUGAAGGAACACUCCCGACGCGUUCAGGGAUGGAUGUCAUGAACUUUACAACCGUCAUCGACAGCGGCCUUUCGGACGAGGCUUCCUCAAGUCGAGUCCUGACUGGUUGUUUCCUCUCACUGCUCAUCCUCACCACAUUGCUGGGCAACACGCUGGUGUGCGCGGCCGUCACCAAGUUCCGUCACCUGCGCACGAAAGUCACCAACUUUUUUGUCAUCUCGCUGGCAGUGUCGGACCUCUUGGUGGCCAUCUUGGUGAUGCCUUGGAAGGCGGUGAGCGAGAUCGCCGGUUUCUGGCCAUUCGGCUCCUUCUGUGACACCUGGGUGGCCUUCGACAUCAUGUGUUCUACCGCUUCCAUUCUCAACUUGUGCGUGAUCAGCCUGGACCGCUACUGGGCGAUCUCCAGCCCCUUUCGCUACGAGCGUAAAAUGACGCCCAAAGUGGCAUUUGUGAUGAUCAGUGCGGCAUGGACCCUGUCUGUCCUCAUUUCCUUCAUUCCAGUGCAGCUCAACUGGCACAAGGCUCAAACGACGUCCUUCAACUCACUCUCUUCUCCACACUCCACCCUUCUGAGAUCAAAUGUCACGUCGGAGAACUGUGACUCAAGCCUGAAUAGGACCUACGCCAUCUCAACCUCGCUCAUUAGCUUCUACAUCCCCGUCGCCAUCAUGGUGGUCACCUACACCCAAAUCUACCGCAUCGCAGCAAGGCAAAUCAGGAGGAUCUCAGCCUUGGAGCGAGCGGCCGAGAGCGCCAAGAACCGACACGACAGCAUGGGUGGAGGCUCCAGCAUCGCUGAAUCGGAAAGCUCCUUCAAGAUGACCUUCAAAAGGGAGACCAAGGUGCUGAAGACACUCUCUGUGAUCAUGGGCGUGUUCGUAUGCUGCUGGCUCCCGUUCUUCGUGCUCAACUGCAUGGUGCCCUUCUGCGAGCAGUCGAGCGGAGGGGAGGCUUUCCCUUGCAUCAGCCCCACCACCUUUGACGUUUUCGUGUGGUUCGGCUGGGCUAAUUCCUCCCUCAACCCCAUCAUCUAUGCCUUCAAUGCAGAUUUUCGCAAGGCCUUCUCCAUCCUGCUGGGCUGCCACAAACAAUUUCCAGGAGGCCACAACAUCGAGACGGUUAGUCUAAACAAAAAAUGACUCAUGACUCGCUCACAGCACUGACUCAUCAGCACAGGGGUCCAAGCGUCCCCUGCUCAGGCCUGUCUGAUUGCCUUCAAACAGAGAUGCUGCUCUGUGCGUGUUAGAGUGACUGAAGGCGCUGACCCUACAUGUACCCUGGUUGUAGUGGGCAAGUGGCCCGACUCCAGGCAGACUGUCAGAGUGAGCGCUCUUACUUCAUGCCUUUGGAUGACAAGAGGGUUCUAGAUGAGAGGAGGGGAUUUGGGGAUUGAGAUUAAGACUCUUUGCUGUUGUGCCAGGGAGCGCUGCAGAACUGAGAGACCUGUGGAAUAGAUAAUCCCAUGACUGGGCAGUGCACACCCUAAAGCUGCCAGGCACUGCUCGCUUCAGUGCCAUCACACACUGGGUGUACAGCUGCAUGUCCAGCACGCCAGAGAGAUACCUUAGAUUAAGAAAAUAUGUCAGCAACCCGCGUCUACAGUGGACAAUAUGUCCAUAAAAUUCAAUCUACCAUUUAAGCACUGAUUUGACAAUAAUGUUGACAUUUUAUUAGGCUUUUUCAGACCUGUGAUUUUAAUUUCCUUUCAAAGUUGUAAGUGCAUCAAAACAUACAGGUUGUGUCUUAUUGUGCUCACCAAAAAAUAGGAUUUACAGUCCCAUUUUUAACCUCAUCAUGUCUGCUGCUCUGUUUUUAUGUCUCACAUUACGGUGUAUUUUAGGAAAAAGGCAAAGACAACCUUUGAGUGACUUAUCUUUUCUUUGUCAUUUGUGUUUGUCUAUGAGGUCGAAUAAAAAUUUAUAUUUUAGCCAUUUAUGUGUCAAAUGGUUCACAGUUAACAAUUAAACACCACUUUUGGAUUAUUACAACUUGGUCUUACUUUCAU